AAGGCCUGCGCUUUAUCAAUAUUACAGGAUUAUUUUUUUUUAUUUUUCUGAUUUUUACCCCCCCAUAGAUUAAACGAGGAAGCGUUGCUGGCUGGUGUAUGUGUUUAGAAUGGGACACGCUGAAGGUCCAGUCAAAGAAAAAGACAGUUAAGGAUGCAGGAGCCCAACAAUGGAUUUCUCCUUCUCUUUCAUGCAAGGGAUCAUGGGAAAUACAAUUCAGCAACCCCCUCAGCUCAUUGACUCAGCCAACAUCAGACAGGAAGGCACCUGCGACACCGGCAGUGACCCGGGCGAGGAUGGUGGUCCCUCCUACGAUGCUGCCCUGGAUGCAGAGUUCUCCUACCCGCCAUCAGCUUCGGAGGACAUGCAGCAGGUUUCCAACGGCUUCCCACCGGGUCUGGGCAUGUACGAGCCACAGGCCAAGUUUUCUAUGUUCUCGCAGUUCCCCAAUGGCUCGGCUAAUGGCUACGGGGCCAUACGGAGCUACGGAGAGCAUGGUCUCAUGCCAGGGGAGGGGACUGUCCUGAGAGGCCCGGGUCUCCAGGAGAGACCUUUGUCUCCCGUGUCUCCUCCACUGCCCACACAUCACCCACACCUUCACCACCAUCAUCAUCACCCCCAUCACCACCACCACCACCACCACGCACACCACUUCCACUCAAACCCACCUCAUAUACAAACCCACCCGCACCCGCAGAGUCCCCCGCCACCACCACUGCCCUCCCAGCACCACCUGUCCCAAACGCCUCACAUCAUGACCCACACUCUCCCCCCUCCUCCUCUAUUACAUCUGCCCUCCUCUAGUCCUCCCCCCUCACUUGUGGACAGUACCCCCUCUUCUCAGCCCUCUCACGCACCGUCCAACACCCCUGGUGGGGUGCUAAAGAAAACCAGCUCUCCAGAGAUCAAGCUGAAAAUCAUAAAGACGUAUCAGAACGGAAAAGAGUUGUUUGAAUCUGCGCUGUGUGGAGACCUACUGCAAGAGCUGCAGAAGGAGUCUCAGAAGAACGAGGCCGCUCAGAUGCAGCGCAGACACGAGAGGAAGAAGGAGAAGAGGAAAAAAAGUGCGAGGCUGCAGCUGCAGGUCCAGGAACAGAGCCUGGACCAGAGCCAAACACAGGCAGGUACCACAGGCCAGACAGAGGACACCCACAUCCAGCCCCAGCCGAGAGAAACACCCCCCGCCCAGACAGAGAAGCCUCAGAAGACGGUUAUCAAAACUGAACCAAAGACGCCGAAGGCUCCAAGGGUCCAUCAUCCAUCAGUGAUCCAAGAGACGGGCUUCUGUAAGGAGUUUGUGAUAGGAGAUCUGGUGUGGUCCAAGGUGGGCACCUACCCCUGGUGGCCCUGCAUGGUCUCCUCUGACCCUCAGAUGAAGGUCCACACUCGCAUCAACACCAGAGGUCACAGAGAGUAUCACGUCCAGUUCUUUGGCAGUGUCGCUGAGCGAGCGUGGAUCCACGAGAAGAGGAUUGUCAUGUACCAAGGGAAGCAACAGUUUGAUGAGCUUCAGGCCGAGACUCUGCGCAAGACCACAAACCCUGUAGAGAGACAUAAACUUCUGAAGCCUAUCCCUCAGCGGGAGCGUUCUCAGUGGGAGGUGGGUGUGGGCCAUGCAGAGGAUGCCUUCCUGAUGACGCGGCAGGAGCGAAUUGACAACUACACCUUCAUCUACGUUGACCCCGACCCCAGUGAAGCCCCACCCAGCAAGAAACCCAGCAUCGGCAGACCUGAGAAACGAAACCGGCGCUCCAGCGGCUCCAUCAGUAAGAAGGAAGACGGAGGAGUGAAGUCACCAGACAGAGAGCAGCCACCGCGAAGGCAGCUGCCACGCAGACAGUGUAGUGUUUCAAACACAGACGACAGCACAAACUCCCAGGCCUCAAAUGAAGAGAAGAACCAGAGAGGGGACCAGCGUAAGACCAGCUCUCCCAAACAAAACGCUGGUUGUGAUGCACAAGCACAGCAGGACUCACCGCCACCAGUCAGGACCUGGAAAACAGCAGCCGCCAGGAAACUGCUGCCUCUCUCCAUCACCAUGAAGAGGCUGAAUGUGGAGAUCACAAAGUGUGACUGGCCUCUCCUACAGAAAAAAGCAGCUCCGUCUCCAAAAAAAGACACAGAAGAAGAGAAGGAGGAGAGAGUGGAGAGAGAGGCCAGGCAGCCCGAUCUGGGAUACUGCUCUCCUGAGGACAGUAGAGCUAAACCUGAGCCUAGUCCAGAGGAGGAGGAAGACGGGGACGAAGGGGAGGAAGAGGUGGAGGAUAGGAGAAGCUCCCCCGCCAGUCGGAGGAGUGAGGAGGGAGGAAUGCAGCAGACCUCCUCUCCUGGAUCACACCACAGUAGUCCACAGGGUUCUCAGGAGAGGAAGCUGCAGCGACGGUCAGUCAGGAGCAGGUCUGAGUCAGAGAGAGGCAACGAUCCCGUCCCCAAGAAGAAAACCAAAAAGGAACAGGCGGAGAUGGCUCCUGAAACCACGCUGAGGACAGGUUCCCAGAAAGGUGCCAGUGAGAUCUCAGAUGCCUGUAAGCCCCUGAAGAAGCGAAGCAGAGCGUCAACAGAUGUGGAGAUGGCGUCAUCUCAGUACAGAGACACCUCUGAUUCUGACUCCAGAGGCCUCAACGAUCCACAGGGUUUAUUUGGGAAGAGCCUUGAUAGUCCAGCAGCAGCAGACGCAGACGCUUCAGAUACUCAGUCUGUGGACUCCGGCUUGUCCCGUCAGGACAGCAGCACAGGCAAAAGAGACACCGUCUGCCAGGUCUGUGAGGUGUACGGAGAGGGUUUGGUGGUGUGUGAAGGUGACUGCAACAGACAGUUUCACUUGGAGUGUCUUGGUCUGACGUCCCUACCCGAAGGCAGAUUCACCUGUUUGGAAUGUAGAAAUGGCAAUCAUCCUUGUUUUAGCUGUAAAACAGUGGGCCAGGAGGUGACGCGCUGCUCUGUGUUGGGAUGUGGUUGUUACUACCAUGAGGAUUGUGUCCGUAAACUCCCGGGCACCACCAGCAGUCCGGGCGGAGGCUUCUGCUGCCCUCAGCACAGCUGCUCUACCUGCUGCCUGGAGAGAGAUCUGCAACGAGCCAGUAAAGGUCGUCUGAUGCGUUGUAUCCGCUGUCCGCUGGCCUAUCACACAGGAGACAGCUGUGUGGCGGCGGGUAGCGUCGUCCUCACCCAUCACAUCAUGAUCUGCAGCAACCACGGCAGCGCAAAGAGGAACGGCCUCCUCACCUCCCCAGUCAAUGUGGGCUGGUGCUUCCUGUGUGCCAGAGGGCUGUUAGUGCAAGACCUUACUGACACCAUAUUAAGUUCAUAUGCCUAUAAGUCCCACUACCUUCUGACUGAGUCAAAUCGUGCUGAGUUGAAAUUACCUAUGAUUCCCUCUCCUUCGUCAGCUACCAAAAAGAAUGUUGGGAAAGGAGGCAAGUUGCUGUGCUGCGACUCAUGCCCAGCUUCCUUCCACCCGGAGUGUUUGGAGAUGGAGAUGCCGGAGGGUGCGUGGUCCUGCAGUGAUUGCAGGGCAGGGAAGAAACCUCACUACAAACAAAUUGUCUGGGUCAAACUGGGCAACUACAGGUGGUGGCCAGCGGAGAUCUGCAACCCUCGCUUGGUGCCAUCAAACAUUCAGAGCCUUCGCCACGAUAUCGGUGACUUCCCUGUCUUUUUCUUUGGCUCCCACGACUACUACUGGAUCAACCAGGGCCGCGUCUUCCCCUACGUGGAGAAUGACAAGAACUUUGUCACGGGUCAGAUCAACAUCAACAAAACCUUCAAGAAAGCUCUGGAAGAAGCAGCCCGGCGGUUUCAGGAACUUAAGGCACAGAGGGAAAGCAGGGAGGCUCUAGAGCAAGAACGCAACUCUCGCAAACCUCCGCCCUACAAAUUCAUCAAGUCCAACAAACCAGUGGGGAAAGUGCAGGUGCACGUAGCUGACUUGUCAGAAAUCCCACGAUGCAACUGCAGACCAACAGAUGAGCAUCCUUGCAGCCUUGACUCUCAGUGUCUUAACCGCAUGCUGCAGUACGAGUGUCAUCCACAGGUGUGUCCUGCAGGAGACAGCUGUGAGAACCAGUGUUUCUCCAAGCGGCUUUAUGCUGAAACGGAAGUGAUAAAGACAGACGGCCGUGGCUGGGGUCUCAGGACAAACCAGGCUCUCAGGAAGGGUGACUUUGUUACAGAGUACGUGGGAGAGGUGAUAGAUUCAGAGGAGUGCCAGCAACGAAUCAAACGUGCCCAUGAAAAUCAUGUGACCAACUUCUACAUGCUCACCCUCACCAAGGAUCGUGUGAUAGACGCCGGCCCAAAAGGAAACUCAUCUCGGUUUAUGAACCACAGCUGCAGCCCAAACUGUGAAACCCAGAAAUGGACCGUAAACGGAGAUGUUCGCAUCGGACUCUUUGCCCUCUGUGAUAUUGAGGCUGGCACGGAGCUGACGUUCAACUACAACCUGCACUGUGUGGGCAACAGGAGAGCGUCCUGUCACUGUGGAUCAGACAACUGCUCUGGAUUCCUCGGGGUGCAGCCAAUGAGUGCUGUGGGGAUGGAGAAAGAGGAGAAGGCCAGGAAUGCCAAGCUGAAGCAGAAGAAGCGGAAGCUGCGGCCGGAGGGCAAGCACACACACGAGUACUUCUGUUUCUGCUGUGGAGAAGGAGGAGAGCUGGUGAUGUGUGACAGGAAGGACUGUCCGAAAGCAUACCACCUGCUGUGUCUCAACCUCACUAAGCCACCAUACGGACGUUGGGAAUGUCCAUGGCAUGACUGCAGUGUUUGCGGCGCCCCAGCCUCGUCUCUCUGUGACUUCUGCCCCCGCUCGUUCUGCCGGGAUCACGAGGUGGGGGCGCUCACCGCCUCCUCCCUGGAAGGUCGCCCGUGUUGUUCCGGUCACAACCCCCUCAGUCCCCUGGGUUCCAACUCCAGCUCGACCCAGCCGCUCCACUCAGCUCUCAGCCCCGUCAGGGUGAAGGAGGAGACGGAGCCGGAGACGGAGCCGGGCCAGCAGGCCGCAGAGUGACACCGCAGCUCCCUCAAUACCUCAUUCCCUGUAAAGUGCGCUCCUGUUGGCCUCCUGGGGCUGUGAUUCACCUCUGAUCUGAAGCAGUGCACUACAAAAGGGAAUACAGUGCUUUUUCACCAGUGCGAUGGCUGCUACUCAGAGCCGAGACACACCGAUGAACACUGCAGAGCGACUGGAGU